AUGGCGGAGCCUGCCUCUGAGACUUUUGAGGAAUUGCUGCAUUCGGAGAGCCCACAGAAGAUCCCCACAAAGAUCCCGGAACAGGAGAAGCCCAGGGGCUGUGUUCAUCCGAAUUUGUUCGAAAAGGACAUGUUCGAGCGCAUCGGCGAGGAGGCUUCACUCCUGGUCCGCUACAACAAGCGCUCCACCAUGACCUCCAGAGACAUCCAGACAGCCGUGCGCCUGCUNAGAGCAGUCGGCCAGAGGCCUCACUCCUGGUCCUCUCCAACAAGCGCCCCACCAUGA